AUGAUUAAAAGAUUUGCCGAAAGCACUAGUAGCGAACUGUCAUUUGAUGUUGACAACGAUAUGAAGCAAUCUCCGCUUGCCGAGAAGGAUCGAUAUUAUCUAUCUAUCUAUCUAUCUAUCUAUCUAUCUAUCUAUCUAUCUAUCUAUCUAUCUAUCUAUCUAUUACCGUUCAUGAUCUAUCUAUCUAUCUAUCUAUGCUGGGACUUAUAUCAAUCUUUCUACCUACCAGUCAUAUUAAACGCUUGCUAUCUUCGUCCCUCCCCCUUUCAUAUUGUUACCAUUAUUUCCUUUCCCUUUCUUUCUCCUCCCCCUCUCUCUCGUUGUAACCUCUUUGUGAUUCCUUUCUUUCUUCCCGACUUCAUUCCUUCGUUCGCUGAAUCCUUCCUGCCUUCCUUUCCCUCUUCCUUCUUCUUUCUUUCCUUUCUUCUCGCCUUCGUUCCUUCCGCUAUUCCCUCUUUGCUUCCUUCCUUUCUGCCUUCCACAUUUUUCUUUCUUUCUUUCUUUCUUUCUUUUUUGUUCUUUCCUUUCUUCCCACCUUCUUUCCUCUCUACCGUCUCGGCUUCCUUCCUUCCUCCAAUCCGCCUUCCUUCCUUCUUUCUCGUCUUCCAUCCUUCCUUUCUUUCUUCAUUCCUUCCAGCAAUUCUUCCACUAUUCCACCUUCCUUCCUUUCUUCUUUCCCAGCUUUUUUCCGUCCUUCCGCCUAACUUCUUUUCUUCUUUCCCAGCUUCCUUUCUUCUUGUUCGGCUUCCUUCCUUCCUUCCUUCCUUCCUUCUGUUUUCCGCCUUCCUUCCUUUCUUCUUUCCCAGCUUUCUUCCAUCCUUCCGCCCUUCCUUCCUUCCUUCCUUCCUUGCUUCCUUCCUUCCUGUUCGGCUUCCUUCCUUCCGUUUUUCCGCCUUCCUUCCUUUCUUCUUUCCCAGCUUUCUUCCAUCCUUCCUUCCUUCCGUCCUUCCGCCUUCCUUCCUUUCUUCUUGUUCGGCUUCCUUCCUUCCUUCCUUCCUUCCUUCCUUCCUUCCUUCCUUCCUUCCUUCCUUCCUUCCUUCCUUCCUUCCUUCCUGUUCGGCUUCCUUCCUUCUCGUUUGCAUUCCGCCUUCCUUCCUUUCUUCAUUUUCGUCUUUCAUCCUUCUUUCCUUUCUUCCUUUCUGCCUUCCGCCUUCCCUCUUUCCUUCUUUCUUUCCUUCCUUCCUUCAUUUUUCCUUCAUCACUGUAAUCAGGGUUACUUCCUUCCCGACUUCUUUCCUCCUUACUCGGCUUCCUUCCUUCCUUCCUUCUCGUUUUCAUUCCUGCAAUCCUUUCCUUCUCCCUGUCUUCCUUUUUGCCUUCCGCCUUUUGUCUUUCCUUUCUUUCUUCCCCCGCUAA